CCAUGACGUCAUUUGACGUUCAACCCAGGAAGUGGGUCGCUGGCUGUUGUUUGUGUUCGUUGGUCGCAAAUCGACAGGCUUUUUCUGAUUGAAUAUAUAUCGUUUUUUUACGGGCCGAAAUGGCGACGUUUAUUUCAGUCCCGUUAAAAAAGUCCUCCGAGGUGGAUCUGGUGAAACCGCUGUCGAAGUUUGUAACGGCCUCGUAUCCAGCGGGAGAGGAGCAGGCGGAGUAUAUCCGCGCCGUGGAGGAGCUGAACAAGCUCCGCAGGAACGCGCUGGGAAGGCCGCUGGACAAACACGAGAGCUCCCUGGAGGUGCUGCUCAGAUACUAUGACCAACUGUGUGCUGUGGAGCCCAAGUUUCCCUUCUCUGAAAACCAGCUCUGCCUAACCUUCACAUGGAAGGAUGCCUUUGAUAAAGGAUCGCUGUUCGGUGGCUCAGUCAAGCUUGCUUUGGCCAGUUUGGGCUACGAGAAGACGUGUGUGUUGUUCAACGCAGCAGCACUGGCCAGUCAGAUUGCCUCAGAGCAGAACCUGGACAGUGAUGAAGGACUGAAAGCUGCAGCCAAAUACUAUCAGCUGGCCAGCGGAGCAUUCGGCCACAUCAAGGACACGGUACUGUCAGCACUGAACAGAGAACCCACCAUGGACAUCUCACCCGAGACCGUCGGCACCCUGAGCCUCAUCAUGCUGGCUCAGGCCCAGGAGGUCUUCUUCCUCAAAGCCACCUCAGAUAAGAUGAAAGAUGCUGUCAUCGCAAAGCUGGCCAAUCAGGCAGCAGAUUUCUACGGCGACGCCUUCAAGCAGUGCCAGUACAAAGAUAACCUUCCCAAGUAUUUUUAUUUUCAGGAAGUGCUGCCGGUGCUGGCGGCCAAGCACUGCAUCAUGCAGGCCAACGCCGAGCUCCACCAGAGCGUCCUGGCCAAGCAGAAGAAGCGCUUUGGAGAGGAGAUUGCUCGCCUGCAGCAUGCAGCAGAGCUGGUGAAGACCGUGGCAUCUCGUUACGACGAGUAUGUGAGCGUUAAGGACCUGAGUGACAAGAUCAAUCGUGCCCUCACCGCAGCCAAAAAAGACAAUGACUUUAUCUACCACGAUCGUGUGCCUGAGGUCAAGGACCUGGAGCAUAUCGGCAAGGCAGCGCUGGUCAAAUCCACCGCCAUCACACCUCCAAUCAGCCAAAAAUUCACAGACUUGUUUGAGAAGAUGGUUCCCAUGGCGGUGCAGCAGUCCAUGAGCAUUUACAGUCAGAGGAAAACUGAGACUGUUAACAGACUGGUGGGAACGAUGAGGGAGGCCACCAAUCUCUGCAACGGGGUGUUGGCAUCCCUAAACCUGCCGGCUGCUCUGGAGGAUCUAUCAGGAGACUCUAUCCCACAAUCCAUUGCUGAGAAGGCCCGAUCCAUCGUACAGCAAGGAGGACUGCAGAGCAUCGAGCAGCUAAUCAAAGACCUGCCCGAGCUACUGACCCGCAACAGAGAGAUCCUGGAUGAGUCUCUGAAGAUGCUGGAUGAUGAAGAGACGACCGACAACGAGCUGAGAACCAAGUUCAACCAGCGCUGGAACAGAACCCCCUCUGGAGACCUGUACAAGCCCCUUCGCGCAGAGGGUGCUAACUUCCGCAACAUCUUGGACAAGGCAGUGCAGGCCGACCAGGUGGUAAAAGAACGCUACAGCACCCACUGCGACAUGAUCACCCUGCUGUGUAAACCAGAGAAUGAGCUCAAUGCUGCCAUCCCCUCCGCCAACCCCACCAAGACACUGCAGGGCAGCGAGGUAGUGAACGUGCUGCGCUCCCAGCUGGCUCAACUGGACGAGAUGAAGAAGGAGAGGGAGAGUCUGGAGGGAGAGGUCAAGGCCGUGACCUUCGACAUGUCCACCACCUUCCUGACGGCGCUCGCCCAGGACGGGGCCAUCAACGAAGAGCAGCUGUCACUCUCCCAGCUCGACCAGUUGUAUGGCGCCUACAACCAGCGGGUACAGGCCAGCCUCCGCAUGCAGGAAGACCUGCUGGCACAAGUUCAGACGUCCCACCAGGAGUUCAGCAGUCUGAAGCAGUCCAACACGGAGGCCAACCAGAGGGAGGAGGUCCUGAAGAAGUUGGCUUCGGCCCAUGACAGCUACGUUGAGAUCAGCAGCAACCUGCGCGAAGGCACCAAGUUCUACAACGACUUGACAGAAAUCCUGAUUAAGUUCCAGAACAAAUGCAGCGACAUCGUUUUCGCUCGCAAGACAGAGCGGGAUGAACUACUUAAAGAGCUGCAGCAGAGUAUCGCCCGAGAGCCCAGUGCUCCAUCCUUCAACGUUCCUGCCUAUCAGAGCACCCCAGCGGCCCCCGCUGCCGGCCCAACCCCUGCACCCAGGACCGUAUUUCAACCUCAACAACCCCAACAGCAGCCCCAGGCAAAACCCCAACCCCCAGCCAGGCCCCCUCCACCCACUGUAACCCCACAGGCAGCCUCCACCACUCCCACCACUGCGCCACCAACUGGCCCUCCCAGCAGCAACCCACCACCUGUGGCCCCACCCACCCAGGCUCAGGGACCACCUUACCCGACCUACCAAGGCUACCCAGGGUACUUCCAGAUGCCUAUGGGCUACAAUCCUUAUGCUGCUUACGGCCAGUACAACAUGCCCAACAUGCCCAACAUGCCCUACAUGCCCUACCAGGGGACUCCAGGACAGGCAGGAUACCCAGCAGCCCCCCCGGCCGGACAGCCCUACCCUGGGUACCCCCAGCAACCUCCCCAGCAUCAGCCCUAUUACCCUCAGCAAUAACUCUCCACUCCAUCCCCCCCUUUUCCUCCUCUCACAUGUUAACACCAAAUAAAAAAUACCCCCCCAGCAAUAACA